AACGACUUUCCGUCGUGUCGGCCGUGCAUUCGAAACAUGGCGCUAAAGGAGUCGCUCCUCCUGUUUGGGUUAUUUCUCCUCUUGUGCGACGGAGCCAGACUCAACGUCCCGCGCGUCUUGCUGCCGUAUCGUCAAGAGGUGGCCACCAACUACAGCCUGGAACUCCUCGACGCCAGCCCGGGCGCUUGCUACCACUGGAGUUCGUCGCAGCCAGACCUGGUGUCUGUGCAGCCUGCGAAUGGUGACCAGUGUGCCCUGCAGGCCCUCGUCUCGGCAGUGUCCCACCACCCGGCGAGGCGCACGGCCAUCGUCACGGCCGACAACUCUGCCACGGGGGAGGUGCUCAGUUGCGAUGUGAUCGUGGACCGUGUACACUCCCUGGAUGUGAUGACUACCACCAGGGAGCUGCUGCUGGACGACUCGCCCGAGAUGAUGGAGGUCAUGGCGCACAACGACCAGGGGGACACCUUUUCCUCCUUGGUCGGAGUGUCCUUCGAGUGGUCCAUCCUGUCUGAGCCCUCGGCCGGCACGCAGGGUGCUGUGGUGCGGUUUCUGCAGUCGUCAGAGUCGCCAUAUCGGAGCCCCCCUGGGGUCCAGUUCUGGGAGCAGAGGGGUCUUCAAGGCUGGGCCGUGCUGGCACAGGGGGUCGGCACCGGGUCGGCCAGGAUUGCCGUGCACCUUGCUCAUCCGGACUACAAGGAGGUGCCGGGCAAGCAGGUGACUCUGCUUGUGGUGGCCAACGUGCUGCUGGAGCCGUCCCGAGUCUUCCUCCUCGAAGGAGCUCUCAUCCACUUCAGGGCACGGCUGGUGCGCAAGGGCACGGCGUCCGAGCUGGAGCUCCCGAGCGAGCAGUACUCUCUGCACGUGGAGGAUCCUCUGGUGGCAGAACUGGAUGGGUUCAGCUCGUCGGUGACAGCGCGCUCCCUGGGACACACGUCCAUGGUGCUCAGGGACUCCCAUCUGACCUUGCACGAGUACAGCCGGCAACCUCGGGCAGAAAUAUAUGUGGUGAAGCCCAGCUACUUGUUGUUCUCGGUGACUCCCGGCGACACCUGGGGACUGCAGGAGGACACGGAGUACUGCGUGCAGGUCGGCCUGUUUGACGAGCACCACCACAGGGUGCACCUGAGCGAGAACCUGGUGGUGACGAUGGACUUCCCCUCGGAGCACAUGGAGGUGCUCUCCUCGACGGAGAAUGGCACGCACCACUGUGUGCGGACCAAGGGCCCCGCAACCACCCGCAUCACUGGCAGGCUGGAGGGAUUCCGGACCCCCGCGGGUGCGAUCCGCAAGGCGGCCUACGGAAUCAAGGGCUCCCAGGAAGUGUCCAUCUUCAAGCGCAUUGUGGUGCAGCCGCCAGUGCUCCUGUUCCCUUGGGACCCCGUGGUGAAGCCCUCGUACAGCCCUCAGGCCAGGGCUUCGGGAGGAACCGGCUCGUACCGCUGGUACGCGGACAACAGCUCCGUGGCGCGGGUGAGCUUUGCGCUGGACGAGCUGAGCGGCAAGGCGACUGUGGUAACGACCGGCCUGGGACGCACCGCCGUGGUGGCCGAGGACGCCCAUAACUCCUUCUCCCUGGGAAAGGCUCUGGUGUCCGUCCAACCGGUGGCCGAACUGGAGAUUGUGCCUUCUCUGCUGGAGACUGACUACCUCAACGAGGUCCUGGUGCCCGUAGCACUCUAUGGCUACGAAGAUUCAGAGAACAAGACCGGCCGCAGGGUGUUUGAUGACUGCAGCCAGAUCCCGCUGACUGUGGAGGUGGUGGACGAGGCUCGCUUUCUCUACAUCCAGGGCUCCCACGGUCCCCCGCUGGGGCAAGGCUGCCUGACCCUACGGUUCAGCUGCAAGUCCGUCGGCCACUCGCGCGUCUACGUCUCGUACCGCGACGGCGAACUCGACCUCAAGUCCACCACUGUCCUCGGCUGCCACAAGACCCUCAAGGCUGUGCAUCCGGCCAAGACGGUGGUCGUGGCCUACGGCUCCUUCAAAGACGUGGCCUUCGAAGGGGGACCUAGACCGUGGCCCAUGCUUAAGCAAGGUCACUACGUCAAGUUGGUGGCAGACAAUACAUCCCUGGUCAGCAUCAUGCGCAUCAUCGACCCCCACCGGAACAACCGAGACCUUCAUGUGUUCAGGAUUCUCUGCAAGGACCUCGGGGAAACGGGCCUGGAACUGAGGGUUGGCAACAAUGCCUCGGCCAGUCUUCCGAACCCUGCCAGGAACCAGGCUUCGGUCAAGUUUGUGUGUGGGCCACCCAGCAGCGUGGAACUGCACGUCAAGAGUCCCAAGGGCAGCCGGGCCGCCUCCUGCCCCACCGAGGGGGACAAGGUGUGCGUGCUGAGCUCCCAGGAGGUGGAAGUGGAGGUGGUGGUGAAGGACCCCCUCGGGCGCAAACUGGCCAAUGUGUCCUCCCUGGACGUGCACUGGGAGCUGUCGGACUACUCCCUGGCCACGCCCAGCAGCCACCGGGACCUGCUGAUCCACACGGACGGCUCCGCCGGCUACCGCAGGGUCUCGCGCAACUUCCAGGUGAUCCGGCCCAAGCAGAAGUCCGGGGCCUUGACCGUGACGGCCAAGAUUGUGGGCUACAACCACCAGAUCCUCAGGCACUCCUCGCUGCCCAACGUGCAUGCGGUCAGUCCGACGGUGAGCGGCUCUGUGAGCUUGGACCUGGUGCAACCAGCCCGGCUGUCGUCUUCGAAGGUGUCGGUCUUCAAUCAUCCGUCCCACUCGGCAAGCGUGAGCCUCCAGGAUGGCUCAGGCUCCUUCCAGCUGGAGUGCUCGGACCCUGCCAAGGCCAAGGUCACCUUGGACGCUGCCACCCGGCAGAUCAAGGUGGUGCCCCUGGGAGAAGGCAGCGUGAGUGUGAGGGUGCACGACCUGUGCCUGGACCUGCCUCCCCUCACCCUGGAGGUGCAGCUGGUGGGACUGGCCAGGCUGCAUUUGCACACCCUCACCAAGGUGGAGCUUGGCCAGGAGAUUGAGGCUCACGUGGAGCUGGAGGACUCUUUGGGGCAGUCUCUGUCGGCCUCAUUACUGGAUCUGGUCGGCCUCAGGCCCUUGUUGGGGGCACCCCUGCUCGAGAUCAGGCCGCUGCCGGGAGAGGGCGACCGUGUGCGGUUUGCCGUGCGGGGCUCCUCCCUGGGCACCACCAGCCUCCAGUUCGUGGCCGGCGGUCCAGGAGCAAACCAAGUGGCCAGCGAGGCUCUGUCUGUUCAGGUGUUUGCUCCACUCAAGCUGGAUCCCAGAAACAUCACCCUGGUGGUAGGAGCCACAUUCCAGCUCUGGUGGUCUGGGGGCCCCCAACCCGAGGGCCAGGUGGAGUUCUCCCUGGAGGGCAACGCCAGCGUGGCCAGCGUGUCCACGAGCGGCGUGGUCACGGCCAGCGCCCUGGGCAGCGUCAACGUCGCGGCUCGCUUCCUCGACUCUGACAGCGGUGUCGUCUACUCUCAGGACGUGACGAGCGUGCACGUGGUGGCACUCGCGAGCAUCCGGAUCCAGCCGGCUGUCUCCAGGAUGCUGUCCGGGACAGAGCUUCCUGCAUUUGCCACGGGCUCCAACGAGUUCGAGACUCCGUUCAGCUUCUGCAGCGCCGAGCCCCCGCUGCUGUUCCGCUGGUCCGUCAGUGACCCCCGCCUGCUGGCCCUGGAGGCUCCCCUGGUCCAGGAGGGGUUGCAAGCGAGGGAGGAGAAUGUGUGUGCGGUGCGAUUGCGAGCGCUGGGAACACCGGGCCGGGUGGCACUGAGGCUGCAGGUCUCGGUCUCCGAGGACGCUCCAGAUGCCAGCAGACAGCAGCUACUGGACAAUGCGCCACUGGAUGCCCAGCUUCAGAUACAGAUCCUGCCCAGCCUGGAGCUGGUGAAUCCCAGCCUGCCCGGCGCCGGCCCCAUACUUCUGACCCCUCACGCCAAGCUGCCCCUCAAGUCCUCCAGAGACCGUGAGGGCAGCGUGGCCUAUGCCCUGGAGCGGCUGGAGCACGCCUCGCUCCGGCUGGAGGAAGGGCCGCUGCUUGUAUCCGGAGCGCACACGGGAUCGGCCGUCCUCAACGUGUCGCUCGCCGAGCCGUUUGGCCUCGUGCACAGGAUCCUGACCCCCGUGGAGGUGCGGCCAGCCUCGUUCCUGCAGGGGCUCCUCGAGCCCGGGGUGCGACAGGAGCCCCUCCCCCGCCCGACGCUGCCCCUGGGCCUCAGCUGCCCGCUGGCAGUGUCCCUGCACGACGAGCUGGGACGGCGCUUCCACGCCACGGGCACGCGCCUGGCUCAUCGCUCUUCCAGGCGCGACUUGGUGCGUGUGUCCGAGGGCGCUGUCAACGGGAGCCUGGCGCUUCACUGCGUGGCCGCCGGCCGGACCGUGCUCCGCCUGUGGGACCGGGACGACGCACGGCUGCAGACGUUCGUGUCCCUGCGCACGGGACCCGCCCUGGAACCCCGGCCCGAUCGCAUGAGCGUGGGCGACGUCGUCUGCUUCCAGACGCCACUUCAGGCGGCCAACGGGAGCCCCGGCGUGUGGAGCCAGACGGGGGACCAGCUAGCAGUGGAGCCUGGCUCGGGGGUGGCGGUGGCCCUGAAGCCAGGCACCGCCCUGCUCCGCUACUCCGUUGCUCCGCAGCUGCACAGCACCCUACAGGUGCUGGUCCAUCCGGUGGCGACCCUGGAGCUGCUCCCGGGGCGCUCCCAGCUGACCUCCCUGGCGGAGACGCGGCUGCCCGUGCUCCUCGCAUCCCAGCCCUCAAACGUGCACGGGAAGUGCUCCUCGAGGGCAGCCUCCGAGCUGGCGGUCGUGCCUCCCUUCUCGUGCUCGGUGGAGUUUGUCAACUCGAGCCUGGAAGCGUCUGCGGAAGACUUCUUUGCCGCCGAAGCAGGCUUCAACUUUGCCCAAGGGUACUUCUGCUCCCUGCGGCCGCGUGCUGGUGUGGACAAGCCCCGCGCGGUGCUAGAGGCCCAGCUGGAGGUGCGGGCCACCCUGGGCCCGGACGACGACGGGCCCUGGUCCUCGGCGCUGCUCCUCUUCACGGGACCCUUUGAGCUGCACAGUCGUGAGGUGCUGCUCAGCCCCGACCAGCCGUCCACCAGCGUGCUGAUCACUGCCGGGCCCGCCACCCACGCCUGCCUCAGGGCGGCGAGUUCGGACGAGUCCCGGCUGGAAGUGGUGGGGCUGCGUGCGGUCUCCGGCCGUGCCCACACCUGGAGCCUGGCGCUGCAGGCGCACUCCACGCUGCUCUGGCGCCGGGAGCCCCUGGGGGUCACGCUGGACUGCCCCGCCACGGGACAGAGGGAGCACCUGGUCGUGCGCAUGGUUGCACUGUCACCCUCUGGAGGUCUGGAGCCGGACCUGGGCUGGCCAGCCGUGCUUCGCUCCUUUUGGGCGCACCACCAGUUCUGGCUGGCCACUCUGGUCAUUGGGGCCGCCACUGCUGCGCUGCUGAUUGGCUACCGGAACCUCCUGGGCCAGCAGUCUGCAGUCGCCCGCCAGCCGGACGUGUUCCUCAACACCUCCGGCGAAAACCGAUCUCCCAGCGGAGUGCUACCCUACGUGCCGUGGCCAGGGUCCCCCGAGCGACUCUGGAGCGUUCCGGACCCCCACUGGUCCCCCAGCCAGAGGCGCUCUUCUCCCGCCAGGUAGCGGGAGCUCGGGAAGGCUCCUUCGAGGCAACUCGCCAGCACUCGCCUGGCCGUGCCACCCAAGACCACUGGGGACGGUGUUCAGCACCGUGCGGCGAUGACUGCCGUCUGUACAUAGAGUUGUGAUCUUUUGUUUAUUUUCUUUUCUCAAGGCUGUGGUACAGUGCAGCCCUGUAUGCAAAGUUGUUUUAUUUUUGCUUUGUUUAGAAUUUUUAGGAAAAGGGAACUUGGUGUUAGGGUGAGUUUAGCCCCGAGGCUAAGUUGGUGGGCCGUGGCAGCCACUAUAGGUCGGUGACAGGUUAGGGGUAAAGAAGCUCCUCUCACUUCUUUCCACUUUGGCAGAGCGAACGCUCCUCCCCUCCGGCAUUCGCUCUGCUAAAGUAAAAUGGGGUGGGAGGAGCUUCCGCUUUACUUUUAGCCUGUCACCAACUGUAGAAAAGAGGCAAAAUUGGUCAAUUAUUUCACCAAACAGGAAAGUUUUAUUUUUUAAUAUUUUUAUUUUAUAUAUUUUAUAAUGUAUUUAAAUAGUCGAUGCUCAAUGGUUUUCAAACUGAAACGGAGCUAUCGCAGUUGGUAUCGCUUGCGGAAAGCAGAAGCAUUGACAUUACUGGUGCUCUUUGCCCACAUUUUCGGUUUGAAGCCGUGCACAAAGGUGACACUUUUCGCCCCGUAGCGCCCACUACAAAUUUUUUCAUAAAAAUUUCUCCCGAACAGUUGGAGCGUAUCAUGAAUCCGAAUGCAAAAUGUCCCAAAAAUUGAGAUUUAAAAAGUUGCAUAAAUUUGUUCAGUUAAUUAGCCAAGUAAUUAAGCCAUUCGACCUCUUUUCUAGUCACUGCCAUUGCCUCCAACUCGGCCGUAGAGCUCAAAAAACCACGAUGAGAGUUCCCUCUAUUUAUUUCUUUAGUUCUGGACCGACAAAAGAAAAACGGACCGCACAACAAACCCGAAUGUUUUGCAAGAUGCAUUUGUUUUAUUGGGAGUUUGUUAUAAAUGGGCUGCACAGUACAUGCUCUCCUGGAUCUAGGCAAGCGUUUGGCAGUACCGAUCUCAGUCAUUUUUUUAGUUGCCAUUCGUUGGAAGGAGGGGGGAACUGCAGCAGUCCCUCGGAGAGUUCCAAGAUCCGUAUUUUGGCAUCCUUUAAAAUUACUUGAGACAUUUGUGACAAAUUAAGGAGAAUGGCCCUUGACAUAUUGACACGUUUGUCGGACCGUGUCUGCCUUGGUGGAGGGGGAAACGUGGAAGAAGGUGUCAACUUUGAUCAUUUAUAGUGAGUAAGAAAGGUUUUGUACGUCAAUCUCGUCCUCCACUCCAUUUUACUUCAAGUCCGACCACAGCGGUCGCUACGAUUUGAGGCCAAAAUUUCAUCAUCACGGCGCUAAACUACUGAACUAAUUGCGCGCAGCGAAUGCACAGUGAUCCUGGGCUUUCUUUGUGUGCGACUGGUUUAGCAGGCGAUAAUGAACUCGUGAAGGCAACGAGAUCCGGGACGAUGCACUUUUGGGGGUGAUUGAUUAGUUCCGUCCGAUCGCGGUGUCGGCUGCGGUCGGACUUGGGGCGAGAGGGAAUGUGGAAGUCGGAAAGCUCCCAGCUUCAAAAUCGUUACUUGUGCCUCGAACAAUAAAGUUUUUCAAACGUUGUC